UCCCUUGUGCGAACCUUCACUCCUUUUUACUUUCUGGUGGAGCCAGUGGACAUUCUGUCAGUUCGCGGAGCGUCAGUUAUAAUGAACUGUUCAGCUUAUUGCGAAACUUCUCCUAAAAUUGCAUGGAAAAAAGAUGGGACUUUUCUAAACUUGGUGUCAGAUGACCGUCGCCAGUUGCUACCAGAUGGAUCUUUAUUAAUAAACAGUGUGGUGCAUUCCAAGCAUAAUAAACCUGAUGAAGGAUAUUACCAGUGUGUGGCAACUGUGGAAAGCCUGGGGACCAUUGUCAGCAGAACAGCGAAGCUCACAGUAGCAGGCCUUCCCAGGUUCACCAGUCAGCCAGAAUCAUCAUCUGUCUAUAAAGGAAACAGUGCAAUCCUUAACUGUGAAGUCAAUGUUGACCUUGCACCGUUUGUCAGGUGGGAGCAGGAUCGUCAGCCAGUCUUUCUGGAUGAUCAUGUAUUUAAAUUACCAGGUGGAGCUCUAAUUAUUAGCAAUGCCACUGAUACGGAUGGAGGACUCUAUCGCUGCAUCAUUGAAAGUGGUGGGACCCCCAAGUACAGUGAUGAAGCAGAGCUCAAAAUUCUUCCAGAUCCAGAGGUGCCACAAAACUUGAUGUUUGUGAGACAGCCCUCUUCACUUACGAAAGUUACUGGGCAAAGUGCGGUUUUUCCGUGUGUUGCCGUAGGAUUUCCAGCCCCGUAUAUCAGGUGGACAAGAAAUGAAGAAGAGCUUAUCACAGAAGGCUAUGAAAGAUUUCUUCUCCUGGCGGGAGGUAGUCUGGAGAUCAGUGAUGUUACGGAAGAGGACGUUGGGACGUACACCUGCAUAGCGGAUAAUGGAAACGAGACGAUUGAAGCUCAAGCAGAGCUUACAGUUCAAGUUCCUCCUGCAUUUCUGAAGCGCCCUGCAAAUAUUUAUGCUCAUGAAUCUAUGGACAUUGUGUUUGAGUGUGAGGUGACUGGAAAACCUACUCCAACGGUGAAAUGGGUCAAGAACGGAGACAUGGUGAUCCCAAGUGACUAUUUCAAAAUUGUUAAAGAGCAUAACCUGCAAGUUUUGGGUCUGGUGAAAUCAGAUGAAGGAUUCUAUCAGUGCAUUGCGGAAAAUGAUGUUGGAAAUGCACAAGCCGGAGCCCAGCUGAUAAUCCUUGACCUUGAUGUUGCCAUCCCAACAUUACCUCCCACUUCACUGACCAGUGCCACUAAUGACCAUCUAGCACCAGCGACAACAGGACCAUUGCCUUCAGCCCCGCGGGACGUCGUGGCCACCCUCGUCUCCACCCGCUUCAUCAGACUGACGUGGCGGACGCCUGUAUCAGACCCUCAAGGAGACAACCUCACCUACUCAAUCUUCUACACCAAGGAAGGUAUAAACAGGGAGCGUGUUGAAAAUACCAGUCAUCCUGGAGAGACGCAAGUGACGAUCCAGAACCUGAUGCCAGAAACAGUUUAUGUCUUUCGAGUGGUGGCUCAGAACAGGCACGGUCCCGGAGAGAGCUCAGUGCUGCUGAAGGUGGCAACGCAGCCUGAGGUUCAGCUCCCUGGUCCGGCACCCAACAUCCGAGCGUACGCCAGCUCGCCCACUGCCGUUACGGUCACCUGGGAGACGCCACUGUCGGGCAACGGAGAAAUCCAGAACUACAAGCUCUAUUACAUGGAGAAGGGGCAGGACACCGAGCAGGAUGUUGAUGUAGGAGGACUCUCCUACACCAUUAACGGAUUAAAGAAAUACACUGAGUAUAGUUUCCGAGUGGUAGCUUACAAUAAACACGGUCCUGGAGUCUCGACCCAAGAUGUUGUUGUACGAACGUUGUCAGAUGUCCCCAGUGCUCCACCACAGAAUCUAACGCUGGAGGUACGGAAUUCCAAGAGCAUCAUGCUGCACUGGCAGCCUCCUCCUGCGGGGACACACAGCGGGCAAAUCACUGGCUACAAAAUUCGCUACCGUAAGGUGUCCCGGAAGAGUGAUGUAACGGAGAGCAUCGGUGGGACCCAGCUUUUUCAGCUUAUUGAAGGUCUUGAACGAGGUACAGAAUACAGCUUCCGAGUAGCUGCCUUGACUGUCAAUGGGACCGGACCAGCCACCGACUGGGUAUCAGCGGAAACAUUUGAGAGUGAUUUGGAUGAAUCUCGUGUUCCUGAAGUUCCAAGUUCCUUACACGUCCGUCCGCUGGUAACCAGUAUCGUAGUAAGCUGGACUCCACCUGAAAACCAGAACAUCGUGGUGAGAGGCUAUGCGAUAGGGUACGGCAUUGGCAGUCCUCAUGCGCAGACCAUCAAGGUGGACUAUAAACAGAGAUACUACACCAUUGAAAAUUUAGACCCCAGCUCCCACUAUGUCAUAACUCUGAAAGCGUUCAACAACGUCGGUGAAGGAAUCCCUCUCUACGAGAGUGCGGUGACCAGGCCCCACUCAGUGCCAGAUCCGUCUCCCAUGAUGCCACCGGUGGGAGUUCAGGCUUCCAUUCUGAGUCAUGACACCAUACGGAUCACUUGGGCAGACAACUCUCUGCCGAAGAACCAGAAGAUCACAGAUGCUCGCUACUACACAGUUCGCUGGAAAACCAAUAUUCCUGCAAAUACGAAGUACAAGACUGCAAAUGCGACCACUUUGAGCUAUUUAGUGACCGGGUUAAAACCAAAUACCUUGUAUGAGUUCUCUGUGAUGGUGACUAAAGGUCGAAGAUCGAGUACGUGGAGUAUGACAGCACACGGAACAACUUUUGAAUUAGUUCCUACCUCGCCUCCCAAAGACGUGACUGUGGUGAGCAAAGAGGGAAAGCCUCGGACAAUAAUUGUUAACUGGCAGCCUCCAUCGGAAGCCAAUGGCAAAAUUACAGGAUACAUCAUUUACUACAGUACGGAUGUGAAUGCUGAAAUACAUGACUGGGUUAUUGAACCGGUCGUGGGCAACAGACUGACCCAUCAGAUACAGGAACUGACCCUGGACACUCCGUAUUAUUUCAAAAUUCAGGCCCGCAACUCGAAGGGCAUGGGGCCUAUGUCUGAGGCAGUGCAGUUCAGAACCCCAAAAGCUGAAUCCUCAGAUAAAAUGCCUAAUGAUCAAGCUUCAGGAUCUGCAGGGAAAGGAAGCCGCCCAGUGGACAUAGGACCAGAUUACAAACCACCGCUUGGUGGCAGUAACAGUCCCCACGGAAGUCCUACUUCUCCCUUGGACAGCAACAUGCUCCUUGUAAUCAUAGUAUCUGUUGGAGUGAUCACCAUUGUGAUAGUGGUGAUAGUCGCCGUCUUCUGCACUCGUCGUACAACUUCUCACCAAAAAAAGAAACGAGCUGCCUGCAAAUCAGUGAAUGGGUCCCAUAAGUACAAAGGAAACUCCAAAGAUGUCAAGCCUCCCGACCUCUGGAUCCAUCAUGAAAGACUGGAGCUAAAACCCAUAGAUAAAUCUCCAGAUCCCAAUCCAAUCAUGACAGAUACCCCAAUCCCUCGCAACUCCCAAGACAUUACCCCAGUUGAUAAUUCCGUGGACAGCAAUAUCCAUCAAAGGCGGAAUUCCUACAGAGGGCAUGAGUCAGAGGAUAGCAUGUCCACACUGGCAGGAAGAAGGGGGAUGAGGCCCAAGAUGAUGAUGCCAUUUGAUUCUCAACCACCUCAGCCUGUGAUUAGUGCUCAUCCCAUCCAUUCACUCGAUAACCCUCACCAUCAUUUCCACUCCGGCAGCCUCGCUUCUCCAACUCGCAGCUAUCUCCAUCACCAGGUCAACCCGUGGCCGAUUGGCACAUCCAUGUCCCAUUCAGACAGGGCCAAUUCCACAGAAUCUGUUCGAAACACACCGAGCACGGACACCAUGCCGGCUUCCUCGUCCCAGACGUGUGCUGACCACCAGGAUCCUGAAAGCACCACAGGGUCUUACCUGGCUAAUGCACAAGAGGAGGAUUUGGCUCAGAGCCUCCCUACGGCACACGUCCGCCCUUCCCACCCGCUGAAGAGUUUUGCGGUGCCAGCAGUUCCACCAGCUGGUUCCACCUAUGACCCUGCAUUGCCAAGCACACCGUUACUGACUCAGCAAGCUCCUAACCAUCCAGUUCACUCGGUGAAGACUGCGUCAAUUGGGACUUUAGGAAGAACUCGACCUCCUAUGCCAGUGGUAGUUCCCAGCGCCCCUGAUGUGCAGGAGACCACCAGGAUGCUGGAGGACUCGGAAAGCAAUUAUGAACCAGAUGAGCUGACCAAAGAGAUGGCCCACCUGGAAGGACUUAUGAAAGACCUUAAUGCCAUCACUACAGCAUGA